AUGUUGAAUUUCAGACGGUUUAGUGUCCUUGUUAAACGAGAUAUCCAUCAUUCUAGUGUCAGGGCAGGAAAUCAGUUGAAAGAAAAAUUACAUUAUUUUAAGACUCACAAUGUCGUAUUAAGAAAAACUGCUAAACAAUUGGUGAAAUUGCAAGAACAGAAGAAUAGAGAUAUUAAAAAGUUACAUAAAACACCAUAUUCCAAACAGCAUGCUCUACAUAUAUUAAAUAAAAAAUACCUGAACUCAUCGCCUGAUGCAGACCCAAUUAAAAUCGAUAUCGGUCCUGCUAGCAACGAAGAUGUACAGUACAUGACUAUGACGAAGGACAAAAGAAUGAUGUACACAAUUUUAGGUAUAUCAGGUGAACAAUUAAGAGAUGCAAAACUUGUUAACGAUGUAGUAACACGAUUUUUGCGCCGUAGUCAGGUAGAGAAGGCAAUAUGGGUUGUGAGAUUAGCAAAGCAAAGAGGAGCAUCUGGUUUAAAUAGUAUUAUUAAAUAUUAUAUCAAAGAUAUGAAUCAGCCAUUGUCAGCAAUCAAAUUGUACAAUUGGUCCAAAAAAUGGGGAAUACCAACUAAUGAAUAUACGUAUACUAUACUAUUUAGUGAGUUAUCCCAAGUUCCCCAACCGUUGUCCAAAAAAAUUAUAGACUCUAUAUCAAAUAUUGUUGAAAGAAAGAUAGAAAAAAAUGAAUUAAAUCAAAUUGAAUACAAUGCUGCGUUAAGCACGCUCUGUAAUCACGACAACGUGACCCCAUUGUUAAAAUUGUUUGAAACGAAAAUCCCAGGUGUUUAUAAAGAACCACAAUCAUACACUUGGAUACUAAAGGCCUUGUCAAAUAUUGAUUCAGAUGAACUUUUUGUUGAUGUAUUUGAUAGUGUGAUCUCGGAAAUUAAAGGCAAACAUAUCGACUCCAAGUUGCUAUAUGAAAUUUGUAAUACUCUGAAUAAAAGGAACAAUCUUGAAUUUAGCAGGACAUCUAUGAUAGCAAUUCAAAGAUAUUUUAACGUUACUAUAGCAGAGAAGCCUGAAUUAAUACACUCUGGGAUAGUUCAUUUGCCAGAGCUAGCCGAUUGGAAGAUUGGAAAAAGAUUUCCUUUGAAUAGGCAUAUUUAUAGUUUAUUCUUAGAUGCAUGCCUUAACUCGGGAAAUUAUCAAACUGGAAUUAGAAGCUUUGAAGAGAUUGCUAAAAAGAAUCCUCUGAUGAUUGAUUUGGCAAUGUGCCAUAACUUACUUUCAAUUGUAAUCCAAAAGGAACCGAAGAACUGUGCUUUUAAAUGUUUAGAUAUCUUUAAAAUGAUGGAAGAAAAACUAAAUAUUAAAAUCUCCAAGCAUACAAUUGUAUUAAUUAACAAAUCUUUUGUAAGACAAUCUUUAAAAGCUAAGUCAUAUUAUAAUGCUGAGAUAAUAGAAAACAUGAUGAAUGCAUAUUUAGACUUUUUAAAAACAAACGAUGGCGUCUAUUCUAAUCUUUACAAGUCAAGGAUUCUUGGUAAAAAAUCAUGGAAAUUUCUUUUCGUUGUUAUCAAAAAUUUAAACAAAACUGGGGAGAUACCCACCAAAAUUUUAGAAAGUGUGGUACAUGAAUAUAUGAAAUCAAUUAACUCUGGAAUUUUUGAUGUUAUUAACUUAAAGGAAGGACAGACCAAAGACUUAAUAUCAGAAGAUGUUUAUAUUUCUUUGGAAGGUAUUAGAUUGAUUAAACUAUAUUUAGAAUUAUUUUCAAUCGAUAAUUUCAAUGAUUCUAAAUUAGCAGACAUGUCAGAAGAAAGUAAAAGAGACUUUUUAUUCAGAAGAUUACUAUUGAGAUAUAAGAACAAAUUAGUUGAAAGAGUCGACUAUCUUGAAAAGGGGGAGUUUGAUAAAAUUAAAGGUGAAAUGGAAUAUAUAAUUAAAAAAUGGAGUACAAUGAUUCUGAAAAACGAGAUACCUAAUACAAUAAUCAAUGAGAAAUAA